GUGAACAGUAUAUUUGAAAUGUAGAAUUAAUGGCGACGAAAGAUCGUUAUGGGUGAUUGCAAAAUAUUGGGUUUAUUUUAAUAAUACGGUAGAUCUGAGUGCUAGUGCUAGUUUUUAGGUAUCGAUUCAAGUGUCGUUGUUUAAUUGAAGGAUCUGAAAAAUGGAAGAAGAUACUGAAUACACGAAGUUGCCUGUGGAAGAUCGCUGUGUUCACAAAUCAUGGAAAGCCCGGUUACACGGUUACGAAGAAUGCGCGAAGUCUUUUCGCUGCAUCGACGACGAAAAGUCUCCCGAGUUCAACAAAUUUGUUGGACUCGUAAAAAAAUUUGUGAUAGACAGUAAUGUGCCGGCCCAGGAAAAAGGAUUGGAGGCAGUCUUGGCUUUUGUAGAAAAUGCUGCAGUAGCUGGAAAGACAGUUGGCGAUGUUAUGAGCGGAAUAGUUUCGAAGUGCAUGGCGGCUUCAAAAGCCAAAACUAAGGAAUUAGCCGUUCAAGUUACACUUAUGUACAUAGAAAUCGAGAAACACGAGGCAGUACAAGAGGAAUUACUCAAAGGAACUGAGGCGAAAAAUCCAAAAAUCGUCUCUGCCUGUAUUUCAACUAUAACUCUCGCCCUUAGAGAGUUCGGACCGAAAGUUGUGAGUGUGAAACCUCUGAUUAAGAAAAUCCCAGCUUUCCUGGAAGACCGUGACAAAAUUGUACGUGAGGAAGGAAAGGCUCUUGCUAUUGAAACCUACAGAUGGAUAGGAGCUCCCUUGAAGCAACAAUUGAAUACUUUGAAGCCUCUGCAACUUACAGAACUUGACACUGAAUUUCAGAAAGUGUCAGACCAAAAGGCUGUGCCAACUCGAUACUUGAAAUCCCAAAAACCGAAAGAAACUCGCGUUAUCGAUUCUGGUGGGGGCGACGACGAAGAUGAUGAAAAAGACGAUGACGAAGGUGAUUUUGCAUCAGAGGUUGAUCCUUAUGAGCUGCUUGAUCCCGUCGAUAUUCUUUCCAAGCUUCCUAAAGAUUUCUUUGACAAGGUAGAAUCCAAAAAAUGGCAAGAGCGAAAAGAAGCUCUCGAUAGCUUGCAGAAUCUCCUAGUAAAUCCAAAACUGGAAAGUGGUGACUAUGGAGACGUUGUGCGAGUUUUGAAAAAGUUGAUAGCAAAGGACUCCAACGUACUAAUAGUCGCUUUCGCUGGAAAAUGUCUCACUGGCUUAGCAAAUGGUCUGAAGAAGUUCUUCACACCCUACGCCUCUGCUUGUCUUCCCACAGUUCUCGAAAAGUUUCGCGAGAAGAAACAAAACGUCGUCCAGGUACUUCGCGAAUGCUCUGACGCUAUUUAUCUCAGUAUUACCAUCGACGUCAUCCUGGAAGAUGUAAUCGCCGCCUUGGAGAAUAAAAACCCUGCAGUGAAGGCCGAGACAGCAGCAUUUUUGGCCCGUUGCUUCACUAAAACCCCACCAGCGAGUUUGAACAAAAAGCUGUUGAAGGCUUACACAGCCAGUCUCUUGAAAACCCUAAAUGAACCAGAUCCUCUCGUUCGAGACAAUUCCGCAGAUGCUCUCGGCACAGCCAUGAAACUCGUCGGAGAAAAGGCCCUCUUGCCGUUCCUCGCAGAUCUCGAUAAUCUAAAAAUGGCAAAGAUAAAAGAAUGCUCUGAAAAAGCAGUGAUUCUCGUCAAGACCCCGGCGGCGAAAAAGACCCCGCGACCUCAGACUGCUCCUUCCAAGAUUGGUUCUCCAGUCAAGGAUAAGGAACCAUCAAAACCCAAGCGACCAACCUCGACAACUAAUAAAAGACCCGCAAAGAAGGCAUCCGAUUCAUCCGCGAAUUCUGGAGCGAAGAAAUCUCAGUCAAAGCCACAAUCAGAGAGGAAUUUAACACCCGAGGAAGUAGACGAAAUUGCAGCUCAGGUUCUCCCCAACGACGUGAUCUCUGGCCUCGUUGACACCAACUGGAAGACUCGAUUGGCAGCUGUUGAACAGCUUCAUGAAAUCGUUAAAGGCCUGGACCCUGAAAUAACAUCCCAAGUUGUCGUGCGCAUUGUAGCCAAGAAGCCUGGCUUUAAGGACACGAAUUUCCAGGUUCUCAAGCUCCGGAUAGAGACUGUGAAGCUGCUCGCCGAAAGUUACCCAUUUACAAGCACCGUUACCGAGUAUUGCGUGAUGGACAUUACAGAGAAACUCGGUGAUGUGAAAAACAGUACGAUUGCUGGGGAAACCCUGACUGCAAUUGCAGAGGCGACGAGUUUUGAUCAAGUGGCGACCGAAGUCAUUACUUUCGCUUUUAAUCAAAAGAAUCCAAAGGUUCAACAGGAGAGUCUCGCUUGGAUGUCCAAAGCCUUGAUGGAGUUUGGUUGUCCAAAUAACUCGAGCGCUCUGCUGGACAGUGCGAAGAAAGCAAUCGCGGCUACAAAUCCAGCAGUUCGAAGUGCAGCGAUCAAUUUAGUCGGAAGCAUGUACUUAUUUAUGGGAAGGAAUCUUCUCAACUACUUCGACAGUGAGAAGCCAGCCUUGAAGCAGCAAAUCGAGCAGGAGUGUGAGAAGCGAAGCGGAGAAUCGGCACCGAUUCCGACACGAGGUGCUAAAGGGAAGAGAGGCAAAGCCCCAGAACCGGUUGAUGAGGAAGUCGAGGAGAGAGAAAAGCCCGUUGCGAAUCAAGAUCUUGAUCAUGUGCCGCGAGUUGAUAUCAGUGGUCACAUAACUGAGAGUCUCUACAACGAGUUGACUGAUAAGAACUGGAAGGUUCGCAAUGAAGGAUUGCAGAAGAUCACGAAUAUUCUGAACGAGGUGAAGUCUAUCAAGCCGUCAAUUGGUGAACUUCCACAGUGGCUCGCUCAAUGUUUGAAGGAUAGCAACAGCAAGAUUGCUCAGACGGCUUUGGGAGUCUGUGAACUCUUGGCAACAUCCAUGGGUGCUCCCAUUAAGCAACACAUUCGGGCUCUCUUCCCUGGCUUCAUUCAGUGUCUUGGAGACUCGAAAAGCUGGAUUAGGACAGCUGCUAUUUCUUGCAUUAACACUUGGACGGAUCAGUGUGGAUACAAAGAUUUCUUCGAUGGGGAAAUGGUCGGAGAUGCUUUGAAAUCUGGAUCUCCUGCUCUUCGUUCUGAAUUGUGGACCUGGCUGGCUCAAUCGUUGCCUCUAGUACCACCGAAGCAAAUUCCGAAGGAGGAACUGACUGUCUGCUUGCCAAUUUUAUUCAGCAAUCUGGAGGAUCGGAAUUCGGAUGUGAGGAAAAACGCACAAGAGGCUGCUUUGGGUUUCAUGAUUCAACUCUCGUAUGAGCUGAUAGCGAGGCAAACGGAGAAACUGAAGCCGGGUUCGAAGACUGUGGUGUUGACGAUUUUGGAUAAGGCGCGGUCGAAUAUGCCGAUCAAGCCUUUGCCGACGAAGAAGGCGCCGGAGGAAAAUACUCAGAAGACGGUUAAGAGUGGCGGGGCGAAUAAGGCGGCGAAGGCGAUUGUGAAACCGAAAGGAGGCGGUUCGGCAAAGCCGAGCAGUGCGAGGAAGAAGGAGGAGGAAGUUGAUUCUAGUCCGCUCUUGGCGGUCAAUAAUCUAAAGCACCAGAGGGUGAUUGAUGAACAGAAACUGAAGGUUUUGAAGUGGAACUUUACCACACCGAGAGAGGAGUUUGUGGAUUUGUUGAAGGAGCUUAUGUCAACUGCUAAUGUUAAUAAGUCUCUGACGGCUAACAUGUUCCAUGCGGAUUUCCGGUAUCAUCUCAAGGCCAUCGAGUCAUUGACAGAGGAUCUUCCGGGAAAUAAUAAGGCUCUGGUAUCUAAUCUGGACUUAAUACUCAAGUGGCUCACGCUGAGAUUCUUCGACACCAACCCAUCAGUAUUAUUAAAGGGAUUGGAAUAUUUACAAGCUGUAUUUAACCUUCUGAUAGAAGAUCAGUAUCACAUGCAGGAGCACGAGGCUGCUUCCUUCAUUCCGUACCUCAUUAUUAAGAUAGGAGACCCGAAGGACACUGUUCGUAAUGGUGUUCGGGCACUAUUUAAACAAAUAGCUUUAGUCUACCCAGUUAGUAAACUAUUCAUGUAUACGAUGGAGGGCCUAAAAUCCAAAAAUGCGCGACAAAGGACAGAGUGCCUUGAUCAGUUAGGAUCGUUGAUAGAAAACUAUGGAGUGUCGGUUUGCCAGCCGUCGCCUUCCAUGGCUUUGAAAGAAGUCGCGAAACAGAUAGCCGAUCGAGACAAUUCUGUCCGUAACGCAGCCUUGAACUGCAUCGUGCAAGCCUAUUUCCUCGAGGGAGAGAAGGUCUACAAACUCGUUGGGAAUAUUUCUGAAAAAGAUCAGUCCCUACUGGAUGAGAGGAUAAAGAGGGCUUCUAAAAAUCGACCUGUAAAAUCAGCUUCAGCUAGUCAAAUCGCCCCACCGAGGGAAAGAGAUCCUGUUCCUCCUAUUCCAGUCGUAGAAGUGAUUGAUGACGACUUCGAGGAAGAAAUUGAAGAAGAGCAGGAGAAUGAAGUUCCAAACGAACGAAUGUUCAUUAGAACUUCUCCACCGCAGAUGCCAACCAAGCCUCAAAUUCAGAUGAAAACUGGUCCAUUUGGACUGGAUAUGGAGCUUCUUCAAAGAAUAGAAUCAAGCGCACCGGUCAAGUGCCGAAAUCCUAAACUUCUGGAACCGAGUCUCGACGAUUUGAAUGAUCCUGUUCAUAAUAUCAAUUUACCUCCAAAUCAAAUAAUUCCAAUUUCUCCGCCAAAAUUGUUGAACCCUAUUUCAUCGAAUGUGCAGAACUUGGCUCGUCCGAAGGACGAUGAUCUUGAUCGGAAAAUAGAAGCGAUGACGAGUCUCGAUCCUCAAAUGGCUAUACAAGCGAUGAAUAACAUGGAGGCGUUCCUGAGGUCGCACCAAUUCAUGGCAUUGCAGACGAAGGAGGAUAAAUUCAUAAGUGCUGUGAAUCUUCAAUUAAAGCUUUUGCAAAAUUACCAACUGAGUGCUGAUCGCAAUACAGAAAUUUCAAAGGCUUUUAGGACUUGUUUCAUGGUUAUUUUGGCGUUCUACGAGUCUGGUUUGUUAGGAAAACAUGUGCCAACGAAUCACCUGAAAGAGCUGGUUCACCAAAUGAUCAAUUUAUUGGCUGAAAAUAAACUCGAUCAGUUAAAUGAGGCUGAGGCUUACAAUCGUGUGAUAAACAACGUUGUUAUUAAGACAAUUGACAACUCCAACCACACUACUAUCAUAUGUGUGCUCAUAAAAUUAUUACACGAUUGUACGGAAUCGGACUCUCUUCCAAAAUACGAGGAAUUGGUUAUGAAAUGUUUAUGGAAAAUAGUGAAGACGAUUCCAAAUUGGGCAACUGAACUAGACUACGACGCUAUUCUUCUGGAGGUGCACAACUUCUUCAAGGAUUAUCCAUCGACGUGGUGGAAGAGAAGGAAGUCAGACACGCCCUUGAGAACGAUUAAAACGAUUCUUCACAGUAUGACUAGGAUAAAAGGAAACAGUAUUCUCAACCACUUAACUCAAAUCAAUAACACGAAUGAAUCCGAAUUACAUUCCUAUUUAAUGAGACUUAUCACGACACUCAAACCGGAUGAUGUAAACGCAGCAUCAAGAAAUAAUUUAAAGUCAAGCAACCAAUUGAAAUCUCAAAAGCAUCUUUGUAAAUACACGCAUCAGAAACUUUCCGAAAUUUUCAAGAAAAUAGGAUGCAAGACCCAGACUCAGGAGGGCUUGCAACAGUUAUACGACUUUAAGCAACAGCAUCCAGAAGCUGAUGUACAGCCUUUUCUGGAGAAAUCGCAUCAAUUCUUUCAAGAUUUCAUUGAGCAGGGACUCAAGAAUAUAGACCAGGCUAGAAAGAGUCAGACUCACGUGUCUCAGAUUAAUAAGCACUAUAUUGCAGAAGCCCCAGAAGUCGCUGAUACAAUUCCAGAACCUAGGGGACUUAUUGACCCGCUGGACAGACUUCAGAAGUUGCGAAAUCUGGAAGCGCAGUGUCGAAAGGGCGCUUCGCAUCCAUCAAACGACUAGUGAUUAAGGCACUCUCAUACCCUUAACUAUCACUAUAAGUGAGUGUUAGCGUGAUUAAAUUAAGUUUUGCCCCCCGGUAAUUAUGAUUACAUGUAGAUAAGACCUUUGACAAAUUAAGCAUAUUGAUAACUUCGAUAAUAAAGUUAAAAAAAAGAUUAAGUUCGAGCCAUUGUUAGAACAGUUAGUCGCCUCAGACAAGGAUUAUCGCUAGGUAAUUUAAAUUAAAUUUUUUUACUCUUGUUUCGUCCAGUAUAAUAAACUUUGUUUCUUUAUCUACAA